AGCGAGCCCGACGCCCGCGUGUCCCCCGCGACCUACAGCGUGAGGUGCUACUCGUGCUCCACCAUCAACGACUUCAACUGCCCGGACCUCAUAGACUGCCCCUACGACUCCCGGCGCUGCCUCACCGUCUCCAUCCGCCUCAACUCGCGCCAGCUACUCAUUUACAAGAAUUGCACCGACAACUGCACGUUCGUGUAUCCGGAGCAAGUCCCCCCGGCCGUCCCCCGGAAGGUGAAGACCACACAUUUCUACUUCGUGCGCUGCUGUGGGGCCAUGCGGUGCAACGAGGGGGGGCCCACCAACCUGGAGCGGGACAUCCAGCCCGAGGGGACCGUGGAGGAGGAGAUCGAGGCGGCCGAGCGCCUGGACGGGCCCGGGCUGCUGUUCAGCCUGGCCUCUCUGCUGGCCAGCAGGGCGCUGACCUGA